UUUGAACUCUACGUUAGUGUUUAGACUUUUUAAGUUUUAAUAUAUUUCUAGCUUGUUGUCUGAAAGCUAUAUUAAAUGCAAUUAAAAACCAAGUUAUUAGUGUUUACUGCAACUUAUUUGUCAUUUGAAAUGAAUUGGCGCGAUUUCGUCUUCAGGAUCUCGUAAUAUAUAAUACCUCGAAAUGUUUUCUUUCUAAACUACUGUUAGUAAGGCAGCAUUUUGGUUCAAACAAACAAGUUGUCUUUAGGUACGUAUGCAAACAAUUCACAACAUGUAGAACCAUAUAUAUGUUUGGAAUAAUAUAUAUUAUUCCUGUCUGUUUGGAGAUAUCUGGACUGUAGUUGAAGUAUUUUUCCGUAGUCAUUACAGACUAUUUCACACGAUAGUCACUGACUUAUAUGCUUCGAGCAUUCAUUUGUAAUCAUUUUCCCCAUUAAUUGUAGUUCGCUUGGUUGAAUGGGAUUUUUCGCCAUGCUUUGUGUUACUGACAGUGAGACAAAGGAGUCGUACCACUGGUAAAGAGGACUAUACUGAGUGUGUAGCAUUGUCAUAGAACGGUCAACGACCCCACCUUAGCGCCUUCAUAUUACGCAUAAAAAGGAUUCAGGAUUGUCCACUUAGAAAUAAUAUUCUCCUUUUAAAUACCCAGUCAAAAUCAUUCAUUUUACUGCCUGUCCAUUAUAGGCCUUGGCUGAUCUUUUACUGAUUGUUGUGUACUAUAUGCAUCUGUUUUUUGCGUCAAGCUGAAUGCGGUGGACAUUUUUAAGGUAAAUAUCACUAUCAUCUUACCAAGUACGGGCUAAAAGUUUCCACUGAUUAGUUGGACAUGAAUUGGUUUUGUACCUACUUACUGCGCCUAGGUCUACUCAAUUUCAAGUACAUUUGCUCAAAAUAAUGUAUAAUCUGUCUGUGCACAGAUAAUUCAGAAUGAAAGAUGAUCUUUUUUCAAUGGUGCGAACCGUUCAGAGGUUACUCAAACGAAUUCCUACAUAUCUUUCAUUUCGCGACGUAGCAUAUAGCGAACCCCGAGUAUCUAGAAAGGUUGUAAAUUUUUCGUUCGAGAGCUUUGUGGUAUCUGUACACAAACCCUUAGGGUCAAUCGCACAAGUACCCUUUAUAGGCUACAUGGGUCAAGUCGUCUUUAACUUUUGAGCUUUGUUUGUAUAUUUUGCAAAUACGAUGUGCAUUCAUAGGUCAAGAUGCUGUGCUGGUGGGGUCUGAUGUUUUUGAUAUGUGCUUCCUGUAUUAAAAGCCUCUGUGUGAGGUUGUCUAUGUUGUUUUAAGGAUAUUUUCCUCUGCCUUAAGUCAUUAGCAGUGGUCUCACAGUUAGGUGAUGAAGAAACAGUAUGGAGAACAGUAUCACUAGUGAAAUAAAGUGACACAGGAGGUUACAAAGAGUGAAUGCAUCAUUAAGAGCGGUUUUGAGCGGUAUCAUUAAUAGCCUUCAGCAAUUGGUUCUCAGUACUCGGAGGACAUAAACUGGGCAGUUUACACAUCCCUAUGUGACUGGCUAAAAACUAACAGUCGGACUUCAUGGACUGAUGCCAGGUUUUAGUUUGACCACACAACAACUGUUUUCUAAGUAUAUUUUGUUUUAUUUUUAUUUUUCACCAUAGAAUUCUUUAAUGCAGAAUCAGACGUUGACUACAAAUCAGUUAAAUAACCAAAUAAAACGUGGCUCAUAUUCAGCUUAUAAAGUUCAAACCCUACCACCUGGUCAGGCACAACAGCAACAGCAGCAGCAACAACAACAAGUGUGGCCAUCAUCAUUGCCACCUGGUUGGAAGCGUGAAGAAUGUAUGCGACCAAAUGGUUUAAGCACUGGGAAAUCAGAUGUUUACUACAUUAGUCCUCAAAAUCAAAUUGUUCGUAAUAAACUGGAAAUGCAAGCAAUUUUAGGCGACAAAUAUGAUAUGAGUUUGUUUGAUUGGCGGUUAGGAAAAUUUACAUUGAAUCAUCGAUCCAAAAAAUCUGAAGAACAAGCAACAGACGCUUCCUUAGCGAAAGUCCCACGUUUAGACAAUCAGUACAGUUUUCCAGUGAGACGAUGUCCAUUUCCAAUAACAAAUGAAAUGAAACCUAUUAUUAUUCGUUCCCAUCCGGAAUGUAAGCGAAUAGAUGUGGAUAAUGCAAAUUAUGAAACACCUCAUCAGUUAUUCUGGGAGAAACGAUUGGCUAAUGAUGUGGCUAUUGAUCCUGAAACUGGUGAACCAUUUAAACCAAUCUCUCUGCCUAGAGGGAUACAGACUGCUGGAGUACCUGGUUAUCAAAGUACACAAUUAGUUCAAAGUUUAAUUCAUGCUUUAUCAAAUGAAAGUACUCCAAUUAUUGGUCAAGAACAACAACCUUCGACCAUUGAGAAAAAUCCAUGUGCUACGGUAAAUCCCUUGCAACCGAUGAUUAAAACAUUCAUUGUAAGCGAUGAUGAUAUACGUAGACAAGAAGCGCGUGUACAAGAAUUACGAAGGAAAUUGGAAACUGCUAGGCGUAAAUUAAAUCCAUUAGAAAUGAACCAUACCUGCUUGCCUGAAUCUUUGUAAGCUGAGUAGGGUUCAAACUCGUCGCCUACCCACCCAUCCACCCAAUCAUUCAUCCACUGGUUGAAAACCGAGCGCUGAAAGCAAAUGAGCCACAGUUUCCUUGUGUACAUAUACAUAUAUGUCUACCCAUAUAUUACCAUUUGUGUUUCUUUGCCUUUUUUGUUACUUCAGAGAUAUGAAAUUGAACGGCAGGGUUGACAAAUACAUUAGCUGUAUUAAAUAUCGUUAUGUGUUUGUACUUUUCUGUUUAUGCUUUUAUUUUAUUGUAGUAGUUGUCUUGUUAUUAUGUUUAUUUUUAUUCCUAUUGUUCUUGCAAAAUUUUCUACUGCAUUUUAUUGUUGUUUUCCAUUUUUUUUCAAAUAUAUGUUUUUAUGUUAUCUUGUACAAAUGGAAUGGAAUGAUAUUUGUUGUUGUUGUUGUUGGUUUGUAAAUAAUCUAUGGAACUUAUUGGAUGAGGUGUUACUCUUCAUUAGUUGACAAUUACUGAUAUUAUUCUGUGCGUUGGUGAUUUAGGGGCAUAGAAUUUUUGCCAGCCAUGUAUGUGGUCAGGGUUCGACUCCUGGUUGAUGCACUUUUAGCCGGUUGUAAGUAAGCUCGGAAAAGAGGGAAGGUUGGAGGUGUGUGUGUGUGUGUGGAGGGGGUAGCAACCCCACCAAUGCUUCUAAAACUUCAAAG